AUGUUUCGUUCAGUGUUGCUGGUGCGCCAUUCAGGCAAGUGGUACAGUACCGGAUCACGGUUAAGUUCGAUUGCUGCGAGAACGAUGCAUACUAAUCCGCUAAAGCAGAGCCAGGCGUACGUGAAUGGACGCUGGGUUGGGGCCCGUACGGGGGCCACGUUUGAGGUGCAAAAUCCAGCCAAUGGUGAGGUGCUGGGAGUGGUACCGGAUAUGACCCGUGACGACGUGCAGCAGGCCAUCGAUGCGGCACACGAGGCAUUUUACGAAAAAAGCUGGCACAACAGCACCGCCAAGGAGCGAGCGGCCCUGCUAAAGAACUGGCACGCACUAAUGGAAAAGAAUCGCCAAGAGAUCGCUAGCAUCAUGACGGCGGAAUCGGGCAAACCCCUGGUGGAAUCCCUCGGUGAGGUCGCGUACGGCAACUCCUUCGUCGAAUGGUUCGCCGAAGAAGCACGUCGCAUUUACGGUGAAAUCGUUCCUUCACCUGUGGCCAACCGACAAAUUAUGCUAACACGCAACCCAGUCGGUGUGGCCGGGCUCAUCACGCCCUGGAACUUUCCGCAUGCGAUGAUCACGCGUAAAGCGGCCGCUGCCAUUGCAGCCGGCUGUACGGUCGUUAUCAAACCGGCCGAAGAUACUCCGCUGACCGCUCUUGCUCUGGCCCGGCUGGCCGAGGAGGCUGGCUUCCCGAAAGGUGUUAUCAACGUGAUAACCAGCAGCCGAACGCACGCAGCCGAAAUUGGUCAGCUGCUCUGUGGUAGCGAUAAAGUGGCGGCCAUCUCGUUUACUGGCUCGACCGAGGUCGGGAAGCUGCUGUACCGGCAGUGCGCGGACGGUGUCAAGCGUAUCGGACUGGAACUCGGUGGCAAUGCGCCGUUUAUCGUAUUCAAAUCGGCCGAUAUGGAAAAAGCGCUGACCGGUGCCAUGAACUCCAAGUUCCGCAACUGCGGGCAGACGUGCAUUUCCGCCAAUCGGUUCCUGAUCCAGGAUGAGGUGCACGAUGAGUUCGUGGAGAAGCUAAUCGAGCGCAUCGGGAAGCUUGCCAUCGGUGAUGGUAGCCGGGAAGGCAUUCAGAUCGGGCCUCUCAUUAACCAGGCGCAGCUGAGCAAGGUCGAGCGCUUUGUGAAGGAUGCAAAGGAGAAAGGAGCCACAGUUCGCUGUGGUGGGCGUGCAUUACCGGAUCUUGGCCCACUCUACUAUGAACCCACGGUAGUAACGAAUCUACGAGAUAACACCCUGCUGUACAACGAGGAGGUGUUUGGUCCUGUUGUGUCGGUGGUGCGCUUUAAAACUGAAGCUGAAGCACUAGCCAUUGCAAAUGGCACACGACGUGGGUUGGCCGGAUAUUUCUUCUCGAACGACCUGAACCAGGUGUUCCGGGUGGCACAAAAGCUAGAAACGGGUAUGAUCGGCAUCAACGAAGGACUCAUUUCGGCCACCGAGGCCGCUUUUGGAGGCAUUAAGGAGUCGGGAAUUGGGCGUGAAGGCUCACGUCACGGCAUCGACGAGUAUGUCUAUAUCAAGUAUCUCUGCUACGGAAAUCUACAGUAAACCACAUGGCGCAAUAAUUAGACACUAGGUAGAUGCUACUAGUCAGCUUAUCGAUACGACAAAUACAGCGGCAUUAUAGCGUCACGCGCACUCCGAAACGGAAAACUCCAUUAUACGUCUUCCAUUUGAUUGGACAAGAAAUUUCCAUUGCUAGAAUUAAGUAAUAAUUGUAAAUGUAAGCUGAACUGUUUAAUCAUCCAAUAAUGUGUA